CACCGGUCACCUCUGCCUGUACGUCACGCGGCCUCUAUCGCGGAUAAAAGGCCGGAAGGGGGCGUGGUUUCGCUCUCAGCUGGAAGAAGACGGCGGCAGGAUAGUCUAGUAUCUUCUCAGCUUCUACAAUGUUCUCCAAACUGAUCCAGAGACGCACCCUGGGUGUGCUAUGCAAUAACCUCAAGGCUUCAAUGAGCUCAGCGGGACCGUCCGCCACAGCGAAACCGGAGGAAGAAGUGUUAACGUCAGAAUACGUGUUUGAGAGAGAGGACAGAUAUGGGGCACAUAACUACCACCCACUUCCCGUGGCACUUGAAAGAGGAAAAGGUGUUUAUGUGUGGGAUGUGGAAGGCAGGAGAUACUAUGACUUCCUGAGUGCUUACAGUGCUGUGAACCAGGGGCAUUGUCACCCCAAGAUCAUCGAUGCUUUGAAGUGUCAGGCCGACAAGCUGACUCUCACCUCCAGGGCUUUCUACAAUGACGUACUUGGGGAAUACGAGGAGUACAUUACAAAGCUGUUCAAUUAUAACAAAGUACUGCCUAUGAACACAGGUGUGGAAGGCGGAGAAACUGCAUGCAAGCUCGCCCGGAAGUGGGCGUACACUGUGAAAGGAGUUCCCAAGUACAAGGCACAGAUUAUUUUUGCAGCCGGUAACUUCUGGGGACGGACCAUGUCUGCCAUAUCCAGCUCCACAGAUCCUUCCAGCUACGAGGGAUUUGGACCAUUUAUGCCUGGAUUUAAAAUAAUUCCCUAUAAUGACCUCCCAGCUCUGGAGAGAGCACUGCAAGACCCCAACGUGGCUGCAUUUAUGGUUGAACCAAUUCAGGGUGAGGCUGGUGUCAUUGUCCCUGAUGAAGGCUACCUGACUGAAGUGAAGCGACUGUGCACCGCACACAAUGUGCUUUUCAUUGCCGAUGAGGUGCAGACUGGAUUGGCCAGAACUGGAAAGAUGCUGGCAGUAGAUUACGAGAAUGUUCAUCCAGAUAUUGUGGUGCUGGGAAAAGCCCUGUCCGGAGGCGUUUACCCUGUCUCUGCUGUUCUCUGUGAUGAUGAAGUGAUGCUCACCAUUAAGCCAGGAGAACAUGGCUCCACAUACGGUGGCAAUCCCCUGGCCUGCCGCGUGGCAAUAGCCGCUCUAGAGGUUCUUGAAGAGGAGAACUUGGCAGAGAACGCCAUGGUGAUGGGUGAGCUACUGAGAGCAGAGCUCAUGAAGAGUCCUUCGGACAUAGUUACUGCUGUUAGAGGGAAAGGGCUCCUGAAUGCCAUCGUCAUUAAUCAAACACAAGAAUGCGAUGCUUGGAAGGUGUGCCUCAGGCUCCGCGAUAAUGGACUUCUAGCCAAACCCACGCAUGGGGACAUCAUCAGGUUCGCACCACCUCUAACAAUUAAUGAGCCUGAGCUGCAAGAGUGCGUUGAAAUCAUCCACAAGACACUGCUGUCAUUUUGAGCGGAUCUCCUGAGGCCUGGAUUCCGCACACCACUUCAUGUUGGCGUUCUUUCAGGGGCAUGGAAUUAUCUAAGCAGUUAGUGUUUAGAAUUGGGCCACUGGACUUGGUCACUAAUGAACAGAUGGGGCAGUAAGCUGAUCGUCAUCCCUAUAUUGUAAUUAUCAAUUGAACUGGAAGGUUUUCGUGAUGGGUAAUGAUCCAGCUUGCCGGAAUAAUGACCUAAAAUCUCUUUGCGUUGUACUUAGUGUUCAGUAUAAUGUGCUGUAUGUAUUGUGGUAGAUAUUAUUUAAUAAUCUAUUUCUAGAGACGUUCUGCUUCCUAUAAAGAUGUGUGUAAAAUAGCUUGUUCGUUACUGUCCAUUUAGAAUGUUAGUAGUGUAUUCAGCAUUUGGCAAGAAGGAAUGAAACUCAUGGAUAUUUUCCGGCAUAGCUAUGCCACCCAUACACUCCACAUGUGAUUGAAGUAAUAUGUCCCUGUUUCGUUCAUUGAUGUGUUUACCCCAUGAUGACUGAUUCUACACUCAAAUAACAAGGUACAGCUUGCUGUGGUUUAUUAUAGUCCUGCAAGUAGCCUAUACAGAGCAGUAAUUCAUGUUGGUGCACAAUCUACUAUGCAUUCUUGUAAAUUAGCAGUAAUGUUGGUGCACAAUCUAUUCCGCAUUCUGCAUGCGUGUUGACAUUUAUUUUGAAAUUACUGUCCUUUUGUGUAUCUUACUGUGCAGUUGUGUUUGCCUUGAAAAUCUGGUCCAGCAAGUAGAAAUGUCUGCACAAACUGUUACACCGUGUCAUCCAACAUGGUCUGUUGCACAUUCCUUUGUGUAUUUUGCAUUAUUUUAUUGCAACAACAUUCAACCAUGUUCUGAAAGUCAUUACAACUUCUAGUCUCCUUUCAACUGUCUGUCGUUACAAAUAUAUGGAUUCCAACACA